AUGGAAGUAGGGAAUGGAAGACGGACGCGGUUUCGGGAAGAUAAUUGGGUGCAAGGUGGUCCUCUUAAAGCAAGUUUUCCAAGGCUCUUCUCUAUUUCAAACCAACAAGGAUCAGUGAUAAGGGACUGUGGGUUUUGGGAUGGAGUAGAGUGGAUUUGGAACUUCUCAUGGAGGAGAGAGUUGUUCCAAUGGGAGAUGGAGUUAAUUCAUCAGCUUCAUGAGAGGUUAAGGCCAGUGGCACUAUCAACAAGGAUCAGUGAUAGGGGACUGUGGGUUUUGGGAUGGAGUAGAGUGGAUUUGGAACUUCUCAUGGAGGAGAGAGUUGUUCCAAUGGGAGAUGGAGUGUUGCAAGCGGAGACUCUCUCGGAAGAGAUUACGAGCUACAAUUUCACUAGAUCAAUUUGGGGAGGAGUGAUAUGGGGCGCUUGGCUCAGACACUUUGAUAGACCGUGGGCGGUCCCAGGAACCAUGAAAGGACUUUUUGAGAGUUGGCUUGGCAUACAGAACAGAAAGAAGGAGGAGCGGCUGUUAUUAGUUAGUUUCUUUGCAGUGAUUUGGAAUAUCUUGAUGGAGAGAAAUGAUAGAAUCUUCAAUAACAGAGAAGCAGGUGUUGAGCACAUUCAAGAAAGGACGUUUUUGAGCUAUAAAGAGUGGUCUGGUAUUGAUCCUUUUGGUUGUUGA